AUGAGUAAUGGUAUGGAAAAAAUACCCGAUGUUCUUAUAGAAGAGAUCUUAGAGAGACUUGGUGUAAAAUCACUUGUAAGAUUCACAUGUGUUUCGAAGCAAUGGAACUCGAUGAUCAAAUCAACGUACUUUGCGUCGACACAUCUAAUCAGAGCGCAGUCACGGAAUCCGGAUAUCCUACUAGGCGGUUGCUCGUUGUAUGAAUCUCCUCGUUCAGCAUCAUAUUCUUAUCUAAGGACAUUGGAAUUAGGAUGUCUAAUCUCGAAAAAGAUCCAUACUAUUCCAAAACCAAAAACAUGUCUUGCAAUGACCGGAAGCUGUGAUGGUCUUGUUUGCGUCUACGAUUUUCAAAUAAAGAUUUAUGUCAUCAAUCCAGCGACGAGAUGGUGUCGAUCUCUUCCUCGAGCUAAUUUUCAACAAAUUAACCGCAUUAGAGAAAAUCUAACUGGCUGUUACGCACGAAAUUGUCUAGGAUUCGGUAAAGACACUGUGACAAACAAAUACAAGAUGGUUUUCCAAUAA